UAUUGCGGUUGGUUGUUGUGAGGAGCUGAACUGACAGAAGGAUGUGGAUAUUUAACUUUUAUUCUCUGGCGUUUUUGUCACUGUUUUUGGGACAAUAUAACACAUUUGCCCUUCAGGAUGUAACCACCGACCUUUUCGGUGCUGCAAACUAUGGGGUGGUGGCAGCCUUUGGGGAUUUUAACUCGGAUAAACAGACAGACAUCUUCAUUAUCAGAGAACAGUCUGAAGUGGUGAUAUUCUUGGCUGAUUCAAAAUCCCCUUACUUCAAGCCGAAAAUUAACAUCAGUAAGCACGUUUUUCCAAGCAACACCGUCGUCACCAGUGUGGUUCCUGGAGAUUAUGAUGGAGACUCUCAGAUGGAUGUCCUUAUUACAGCUCAGAUCAACUCCAAGAGCGAAACUGUUUUUGUCUUCUGGGGGAACAACCAGACAUUAGAUAUGGAUGGGUGGCUCAAGCUGAACAAGACCUUUUUAGAUCAGCCUCUUGUUAUGGAUUUCAAUGGAGACAUGAUCCCAGAUAUUUUCGGAGUUACCAACCCACCCUUCACUGAAGUCUGUUAUCUCACGAACAGGAUUGCAGUGUGGAAGAAUGCACUGAGUUCAGCUGUCAGCAUGCGCAUCCCUCACUCUAACACUUUCAUUGACCUCAACAAGGACUUCACUGCUGAUUUGUUCCUGACAACUGAAGACUCCAAGUUUGAGACCUGGAUCAACAAGGAUGGGAACUUCACCAGAGCUGAGGUCUUGUUAAAGCCAGGAGCCAAGGCUGUCGGACAUUCCUCCUUUGUCGAUUUUGAUGGUGAUGGCUACCAGGACCACCUCCUCCCCGCAUGUUUGGAUGAAAGCUGUCAACACAGUGCAAUCUUCCUAGCCAAGUCGGGCUCGAAAGAGUGGGUACAAAUCCUGUCAGAUUUCCAGCAGAGGGAAACCAUUUGGAGCUUUGUGCCAGGGAAACCCAGCCAACCACUGGCCCUGCACCUCGGGGACUAUAACCUGGAUGGCUUCCCUGAUGCCCUAGUGGUCCUUCACAACACCAGUGGCAGCAAUCAGCAGGCCUUCCUAUUGGAGAACGUACCAUGUCAAAACCCAAGCUGCCACAAGGUAGGACGAAUGUUCCACAUCCACUGGGACCAAUCAGAUUUGGGAGCCAUCCAAAAUGCCACCAUGGCCACAUUCUUUGACAUCUAUGAGGAUGGUAUAUUAGACAUGCUGGUUCUGAGCCAGGCAGAGGGCAAAAAAGACUUGAUCAUCCAUGCCUUGAAGAACAAUUUUGAAGCUGAUGCCUACUUUGUUAAAGUGAUGGUGCUUAGCGGCCUCUGCUCCAACGACUGCCCAGAAGAUGUCAAGCCUUUUGGUGUGAACCAGCCUGGUCCCUAUGUCAUGUACACCACAUUGGAUUCCAAUGGCUACCUGAAAAAUGCCUCAGCUGGCCAGUUGAGCCAGUCGGCCCAUUUCUCCCUUCAGCUGCCCUACACUGUGCUGGGCCUUGGAAGAAGCGCCAACUUCCUCGACCACCUUUUUGUCGGCAUCCCCCGCCAGCCUGGAGAGACGGGAAUAAGGAAGCAGGAGUGGACAGCCAUCAUUCCCAACUCUCAGCUCAUUGUCAUGCCCUUCCCACACAAUAAGCCUCGCAGAAAGCUGACGACCGAGAGAAGAGGCAGGAAGCCCACCGUUUCCAUUUUGAUGCCAUGUGAAGGAAGAGAAGUGCAUCAUGGGAGAACAUCCUUUCCCGUCUUCCUCCACCUGCCCCUCAACCAACCACUCUUUAACCUUCACACAUUUCUCUCAGAGUUAUUUCAAGGGUCAAUAUGUGGAUCCUUGCUUGCUCCAAAACACUUCUUUUUGAUAUUUGUUAGUCCUCAAGUCAGAUGUGAAAUAUUUAUGUUCCAUUUCAUUUAUUCAUUCCAGUGUUAAAAGUACAGAUGCUGCAACAAGGCCAGGAGAAAUCCUAAUGGACAUAACUCUCAAGUUUAAAGCAGGGAUUUCUCUUGACCGGCUGUAGCUAACAGCAUGAUUAUCACUUGUGAUAUUAGAAUUUUUUGACAAAGUGACACAGAUUCCUGUUGAAAUGUCCUACAAGUUACUCCUAUAUUUUAAGCAGUUAAUAUUUAUUCUCUGGAAGGGAUGUACCUUUGACAUCAAAUGUUGAAAUGUGUAAAGUUAGUUGAAAUCCAUGUGUGUCACUGUCCAUCGUCACUGUACAGUUUAUUCACCCCUGGCUUUUUCAGUGAGAUUAAACUGAAUCUGAUUGUUUGACAUUGAUCUCAGCCUUGAAGCUGCAGCAGCAGCUGGUAGGAAAUGAAAAAAAACAGUCACAUACAAUGUAACGAUGCUGAGGAACAUUUUUCUUCUUCCAAUCUCACCAAAACUAAUGAAUGGCCUUCAGGUCUGCUGAUAGCAAAUUCAUCUUUUUCUGAGCUGAUUGUAUCACAUUGCAUCAUGGGAGUGCCAAAAAGUGUUGCAUCCAGCAAAUGUCUAAUGCUACUCUAUCAAGCCCUGGCAAAUAGUCUAAAACCUGCUGAAUAAAGCAUAGUUUGCUCCAACUUGUUUUUGUUGUCAAGCGCUUUGGUGCAUCCAGAUAUUUAUUUUGAAGAAUAAGCUCAUGCCUUUCCAUGUACUGUUCAACCUAAUGAUUAGACUAACUGUGAGUGUGUGUGAUUUAUUUUAUUUUGUUGAUUUGGCUUUCAAAUGAAUGUUCAAGUUGUAAAUGUGUUUAUUUACUGAAGUUGAAAAUAAAGGUUUCCUUUGCUUAAGUCAA